UCCAGCUUUGUUCUCUUUGAGUUGACGCGUAGCGUAUCAGAUUGUAUCCUAAAUUCCAGAUGCAAAGCAUAAGUAAAUCCGACCACAUUACAAAUCGGAAGAACAAAUAGGAAGGAAAAAUCUACCAAAACUAACUAUAUUAUAUCUUCCAGAUGUGCCCCGCGAUCUUUUCUGUUCCUCUAGUCACGGCGUGCGUUGCGUCGCACACCGGCGAUCGAGCAUGUGGAAGCCGGCAAUGGCGACUCGCCUUCUGCUGUCGCUGCUACUCUUGCUGGCCGUGUCGACGGUCAGAGGAGCAGCAGCCGCUGCCGGGGGUUCCCCUUCUUGGUGCGUCUGCCGGCCGGACGCGUCCGCCGAGGCGCUCCAGAGCACGCUCGACUACGCGUGCGGGAACGGCGCCGACUGCGCCCCGCUGCACGCCGGCGCGCAGUGCCACAGCCCCGACACGCUAGUCGCGCACUGCUCCUACGCCGCCAACAGCUACUUCCACAGGAUCAGCCAGGCCGACGAGGACGCCACCUGCGACUUCGGCGGCGCCGCCACGCUCUCCGAGAUCGACCCCAGCUCGGAAACCUGCACGUACCCGGCAACUGCAGCGGCAUCAACUACGGCCGACGGCACUACAGCAGCGAGCCCGCCGGCGGCGUCAUGGUGCGUGUGCAAGCCGGGCUUGUCCGACGCGGCGCUGCAGGGGACGCUGGACUACGCGUGCGGCCACGGCGCCGACUGCAACGCGCUUCGCCCAGGAGGGCAGUGCCACGAUCCCGACACGCUGCUCGCGCACUGCUCGUACGCCGCCAACAGCUACUUCCAGUCCAGCAAGGACGCCGCCUGCGACUUCGCCGGCACCGCCGCCCUUUCGUCCACGGAUCCAAGCUCCGGAACCUGCAAAUACACCGCCAGGAUUCCGGAAGUAGGGAAGAUGCCACUCUGGUUCUUUGCUAUCGCUUUGACGGUAUUCGUUCUGUACACCUUACUAUUAUGCAUCGCGGAGCGCCCGUCUGGGUCCUCCAGGCCAGCUACGGUUUCAGGCGGCGCACGCGUGCGGGAGGAAACCGGCGGCGGCGGCGGAGAGACCCGUCACGAGCAAUCUUCCACGCGAGCUACGGUUUCAGGCGGCGCGCGCGUGCGGGAGGAAGCCGGCACAUCGGCGGCGGCGGCGACGGAGAGACUCCUCCCGACCACUUGCACCGUGUGUCUUGAGGCCUGUACCAACCAAGGCCUGCACCGCGUCAGCUGUAUUCCCUGCGGGCAUUUCUUUGGCAGAUCAUGCCUAGAGAGGUGGCUGAUGACACGUGGGACCUCUAGCGCUCUGUGCCCUAAUUGCAGAGAAAGUUUUCAGCGUAAGGACAUCAUCAAUCUACACAAUUACAUACCAGAAGAAGUCUCACAAAGUUGACGAGUCCUUCGCAGAGCAAUGUGGGGGUAAUUCUGCUACUCAAAAACUUGCCUCUCACAGUCCUGAAGACACUGCCUAAAAGAUAAUUAGCAUGCCGAGGGCUAGGGUCUUCUGUCUUAGCUCCGUUAGUGUUCAUUCAAGCUGUCAUACACGCAUUACAAGAAGACGGGCGUUACUGGAAACUAACUGAUUUUUUGGGUAUGAAAUCUGAGCUAGGAGAACGUUUAA